ACCCACCGGCUCGCCUUUCCUGCGCGCCCAUCGAAGCGGUGGGCGCUGAGCGGCGUCGCCAGGCGGAGGCCGCCCUUGCUUCAGCUGUCGCCCGGGGAGGGGUCAACCCAGCGGCAAGGCUGCCCUGCCAGCUCUGGUGAUCGCGGGCGGCGGGCAAUUUCCCGAAGGCUGCCAAGAACGAUCGGGGGCUGCUGGUGCGGCGACGAGCACAACCCGUGGCUUCUUCUUCGCUUGGGCUUUCAGCCGCCCGCAGGAGGGAACACCAACCAUGCCGAAGAGAAAGAUCCAGAAGCGGAAGGCGUGGACGCCCUGCAAAGCGACUGGCCUCCCGGUCUCCUUUAUGCCUUUCCGCCGCUUCCCCUCGUAUCCAAAGUCAUUCGGAGAAUGCUACAGGAGAAGGCGGAUCUGAUCCUGAUCGCACCACAUUGGCCUCGCUGACCGUGGUUCGCGGAUCUGAAGGCCCUUUCCAUCCGUCCUCCUUGGCGUCUACCUCCGGACAGGCUCGUUUUUCGUCAGGUUUCUCUCCAGCAUCCGGACGCCGGCUGGCUACAACUAACCGCCUGGAAAUUGAGCGGCGACUGUUGAGCGAGUGGAGGCUGCCCCCCUCGGUCAUCGCCACCAUCCAGGCAGCUCGUCGCCCUUCGACGACUCGCAUCUAUGCCUCUACAUGGCGGUCAUUUUCUUCCUGGUGCCAAUGGAAUUCCAUCGUAGCCACGAAGUCCUCCACGGAGCAGGUGCUAGUGUACCUUCAGGAACGUCUGGAUGCGGGUUUGGCCCCAAACACGCUUUGCAGUCCCCAGAGGGUGCUGAAGCCAAGGAUGCAGCAAAAAUAACAAAACAAGAGCCAACAAGACGAUCUGCAAGAUUAUCAGCUAAACCUGCUCCACCAAAACCUGAGUCUAAGCCAAGGAAAAGCGCUAAGAAGGAACCUGGAACAAAGGCUAAUAAAGGUUCUAAAGGGAAGAAGAAUGAAAAACAGGAAGCUGCAAAGGAAGGUACUACACCAUCUGAAAAUGGUGAAAGUAAAGCUGAAGAGAUUCUCAUCUCUCGCUCAACUGUUAGUGUUUCAACAUCCAGAGGUGUCCCACCCAGCAUGUCAGUAAAAGGGCAGAUUGAAACAGUGAAAGUUAAGGGUACAGUAGAGCAUUCUGCAUAUGCAGUGAAUAGGAGCAGAUAGUAGUGUGGUGCUUUUCAUUGUGAACAAUGGAAGCUAGCAGGUAAGGUUUCUAUGGCUUUUACAAACCAGGAACCUGUAAAUGUAAGAAUAUUUAUAGUUGUCCUGUCUAUAAUACAAUAGUUGUUAAAUAACCUGUUUCGUCUGCUUCAAACUUUUGUAGCAAAAGGAAAGAUGGCGAGUGCUGAAAAGUUGUUUAGAGAAGAUGAAGUAGGGUUAGUCUUUCUUUAUAAAAGGCAGGCUGGCAUAACAUUUUCCCUUUUCCCUUUUACAGGCACAGAAUUGAAUCAGUAGAUGACAGGUGCAUAUGAACUGACAUGAACAUUUGAGGAUGUUUUUAUGUACCUCUUGACAACUUUUAAAAGAUAUUUUUAUCAAGGAUUUUGUAAAUGCUAAUUUUUUAGGACUUACAAUAAGUUGAUAAAGUAUAUAUGAACACUUCUUCCUUCUGUAUCAGUACUUCUAGAAAUUCCCAACAUUGUCAAGUUAAGGGGAAAAAAGUAUCAUUAACACAACUUUUGGAAAACAAAAGUAUUUAUAAAAUUGAACAAGCAUUCCAUAUAUUUGCUUUUCAGAGAUGUAUGUCUUGGUGCAUAUAGUGAUGUUUUUACUAUGGGUGUUAGAGAUUUUUUGCCAUUUCCCCCCUAGAGCAAUAAUCUGUGGUGCUUUUGUAAUUAAGAAUUAAGUGUUUUUAAUUAAACAUGUAUACAUUUGGCUACCUGCUGCCCAUUAUGGGAUCCUUUUCAUUUUUAAAAAAUAACAAGUCUCAGUGCUAACAAAUGUGGUUCAUCAGUAUCUUUCUAAAUCAGAGGUACACCUUGUAAUGCUUGUCAGAAAAAUAUUAAGCACACUUGUUUAGAAAUUUGGUUACAACAGUUAUUUCAGAAUCAAGAUUAUAGUUCAUAGAAAACAGCAGAGCUUACAACAUAAUACUAAAAAUUGAUUCACUUUAUGGUUGGGAACGGAUAAGAAUAAUAUUUACAAUUCAUGUAUUUUAAGCAAACUAGCAGAGCUUUAAGAGGCAGCCACCCCUUUGCAGAGCUAUUUGCCAAAUAUACCAGAACACCCAAAGCCUGGAUGCAAAACUACAGUCUUUAAGGAGCUCUUAUGAGCUAUCUUACACACCUGGAUGGUUCACACAUCUUGAAGGCCUUACACUUUGUACAGAAAAAUGUAAAUUGCCCAUGGAUUAUGUAACAAAUUAUUUUUUUCAGCACUGUUUUAUGCUACAGUAUUGUAAGUGGAAAUUAGUUUAUGCUUUCUUGAAAGAAAAGUUACUUCACUUUCGUAUCUCCUUCUCGCAGUUUGUCUCAGCUUAACCCUUAGUAUUUUCUGUUGCUUUUUUGCAUUUACUUAAUUUUUUAUAUCAAAAUGGAGAUUUAAAACACUGGGGUGGUCUUCUGAAGCAAUGAUGUAAAAAAUACCUUCGAAGGAGUCUAUACUUGUAAUGAUGUUAAAAUAGGGGUUUUUUUUCUAACUCAUAUUAACACUGUUUUAGCCUCUUGUAAGCAUCUAGUUAUUUCUUCUUUUGGGCUGAAAUUUGAGUACUUUUAUUUUCUGAGGGUUUGGAAAAAAUUUCUUCAUAACAUUUUUAUUGCUGCACCUGUUGGAGUGUUUGGAGUUAUAUGCAUGUUUCAACCAAUAAAGUAAUUAUCAUCCAA